GCUCUGGGUGUAUAUAAGACAUCGCAGCGAGCGCAGAGCGGCUGUUGCUGCUGCUGCUGCUGCUGCUGUCAGAGCCAGAUCAGGGCACACAGGCUCAGCUACUUGGGACACAGCGACCUGAGAAGGAAGCGAGGGAGGCUGCUGAGCUUUGCGCUAAAGCUCCUGGUUCACCUUUGCAACAGAUACAGACACGGGAACCCCUAACCCUGCCUCCUGUCCCCAGACACACGCCCACAGUCGCCUGCACUCCAGCCGGGUGCCGCACGGGGCAGCCUGGCAGCAGAUCCUCGCUGAAGGCGAUGCUUAGAGGUGUCCUAGCUCCUGCGCUGGGAAAGAGGGAGUAGGACCCAGCAGGAAAGCAAGGAGGCUGCCGGUUAGAGCCGCCGGGGGCUGUGCUGCGGGAGGACAUCGCCUUUGCUCCACUGGACACCUGCUGCAGAAGCCCAGCCACCAUGAUCCGCACGGCCUCAUUAAUUCUGGGAGCUGCGAUCCUCUGCGCCCAGGGAGUCUUUGCCCGAAGGGUAGUCAGCGGUCAAAAAGUGUGUUUUGCUGAUGUGAAGCAUCCCUGCUACAAAAUGGCCUACUUCCAUGAACUGUCUAGCCGGGUGAGCUUCCAAGAAGCACGCCUGGCUUGUGAAAGUGAAGGAGGUGUUCUCCUCAGCCUUGAGAAUGAAGCUGAACAGAAGUUAAUAGAGAGCAUGUUGCAGAACCUCACAAAACCUGGAACAGGGAUUUCAGAUGGCGACUUCUGGAUAGGACUUUUGAGAGGUGGAGAUGGCCAAACAUCUGGUGCCUGCCCAGAUCUCUACCAGUGGUCUGAUGGAAGCAGCUCCCAGUUCCGGAACUGGUACACCGAUGAACCUUCUUGUGGAAGUGAAAAGUGUGUUGUCAUGUACCAUCAACCAACUGCCAAUCCUGGCCUCGGAGGUCCCUACCUUUACCAGUGGAAUGAUGACAGGUGCAACAUGAAGCACAAUUACAUCUGCAAGUAUGAGCCCGAGAUUCACCCAACAGAGCCUGUUGAAAAGCCGUAUCUUACAAACGAACCUGCGGAUGCCCAUGAGAACGUGGUUGUUACUGAAGCAGGAAUAAUUCCCAAUCUAAUCUAUGUUAUUAUACCAACGAUCCCACUGCUCUUACUGAUCCUGGUUGCUUUCGGGACCUGCUGUUUCCAGAUGUUGCAUAAAAGUAAAGGAAGAACAAAGACUAGCCCUAACCAGUCUACACUGUGGAUUUCCAAAAGCACGAGAAAAGAAAGUGGCAUGGAAGUUUAAUAAUUCACUGACUUGGCUCCAGAGAACAAAAGUAGUUUUGUAAUUCUUGAUCUGUGUAAGGAAUGGCAUCCUUAGCUUGGAAUGGCUUGAAAUCUCAAAGGAUCUGCAAGAUGAGCUGUAAGCUCCCUCUUGAGGCGAAUCUCAAAAUAAUUUUUAUAUGUUCAUAGAUUCACUUACAAAAUACGCUGAGUUAAUCACAAGUGAGACCUGCUUACUCUGCUAAAGGAUACACACAAACUUCAUGUAAAUGAAACGGGCCAUGAAGACAAGAUUUCUGUGGACGCAUCUGGAAGCCCUUGUUUGGAAUAGUUACUGUUGCCUUUUUUUUUCACCUUCAUAACUUUUGUUCUACUUCAUGUAAUAUUAGUUGUAUUCAAAUUUACAAUAUGCAGAAACAUUUUACCUUUGCAAAAGUGAUAAAAACAGUGUUAUGAUAUUUAUAUUUUACAUACAUAGUGUUUUGAUUAAAAUACAUACAUAGUUUUUGAUUAAAAUGAUUUCACAUGGACACAAAGAAAUAUUUCCAUAGGGAAAAACUUUCUUUUGCAGAAAUAGUUCAUGUUCUUUCCAUUUCCCUGCUUUUAGUUCAACAAGGUUUAGGAAGUCUCUUCAGAAAUAAGGAAAUAUUUCAUUGACUGUGUUAUAAAUCUACUGAAACAUUUAGAGGCAAGAACUGUCUAACUUCAAUUGUGCAAGACACGUGCCUUACAAUUAUUCUUAAUUUAAAAUUAAACAGAUUUUUGUAAUGAAAUAUCUUUACUAAUAGUUGUAUAGACACCAAUGUCGUCAACCUUGAAAAAAAUGGCAUCCACAGUACAAAUUACAGGUCUUCACACGUUGCCUAUACAGUUGCAAGUUGUCUGAAUGUGGGCAGUCAAUGUGGCUCCUCCCUGUCAACCAAACAGCUUGGCUGCUUGAAGGUUCAGCUUGGCCCUUGAGUCAGACAGCUGCAGUUUGGCAAAGGUUUCCCUAACUGAGUUUAGCUUACCUUGAUAGACAAUGGUUUUCAGUAGUGUGAUGCUAAGCAGAACACACUGAUGUAACAAAUUAAAAAAGAAAGGAAAGAAAAAGAAAACUACAAACCACAUCAAUUAAUGGGCCAUGGACUAGAGGUCACUGAUGUUUGGAUAUCUUUGAUGAGUGUUGGUUAUGAUUGUGAACUGUGGCUUUCCUUUGUCUGUUGGGGUAUCUUCAACACGUGGCGUUUGUUCUUCUCAAAAGAGUGGUAACUAUUUUGUCUUCAAAUGUCCCUGUGUUACUUUUAACCAAAUAAAGAGUUCUUGUUUCUGAAGAAUGA